AAAAAACUGGGACAAGAGCUCUUGAUUCUUGGGAGACUUCUGGAGGAACUUGAAAAAUGUGUUGAUAUGCAGAAGGAGCAACUGAAGCAUCUCAAGGAGUUUGAGAAGUUAUUCCAGGUGAAUGUGGAGAGUGUUCAUCACAUGAAGUACAACAUACCCCCUCACAUUCCCAAGAAGAGAGGCCCAGUCAGUGGAAAUGAAGGUGGGAUUAACCAUAAGCAGGCAGCAGAUGUUCAACAAGACCAGGCAGAGAACAUCAAGCAGACCAGCAGGAACUCUGUCAGAGACAUGGAAUAUGUCACCGUCCCAGAGUUUGAAAGCAUCCCUCAGUACAUGAAAGGGCGUGUGACGUACGAUCAGCUCAACAUUGUGGUGGACAGCUUUAACGCUGCUCUGAAAGCCAAGUACAAGAUCCUCAGUCAGCCGGUGAAGAUCCUCAGCAAUCAUUCACGCAAGCUGCAACAGCGCUUCAAAACCCAGGAGACCAAAGAUACUAAAGGUCGGUGUUUUAUUGUGGAGGAGGACAUCCGUGAAUUCACCCAGAUGAAGGUGGACAAACGCUGUCAGGGGAUUCUGAGCAUGCUGCGACAUUGCCAGCGCCUCCGGGAGCUGCGAGGGGGGGGGCUCGUCCGCUACGUCUUGUUAUGA